GGAGGAGCUGCUUCUCCUUCCCUCGAUUCGGAAGCGUCGGAGAUCUUUCUCUUUUUUUUCUUUCCCUUCGAAAAAUACAAUCUUGUAUUCUGAAUCCGUCUAUCGUUUUGUUGUUUUCCCACGCCGUUGCUUAAUCUCGCAAUCUCGAUUGCUUCCCAAAUCUCGCAGCUUUCUCUUUGUGCCGCGGUGAUGGACGAACGGGAAACCGAUUUCUGUGCCUCCAAAGACCUGUCCGACGAAGUCGUUCCGAGCAUCUGCUCGAUGGGAAGCUUCUUCGACGACCUCCUGAACGACGGCCAUCACCAUCAAUGCACCCACACGCACACUUGCAACCCUCCGGGGCCCGACCUCGCCCACACCCACACCUGCUUUCACAUCCACACCAAGGUGCUGUCGGCGGACGAGACCGCGGAGUCCGCCGAGAAGAGAUCUUCCGCAAAGAGGAGGCCCGGCGGCAAUCGAGAGGCGGUGCGCAAGUACAGGGAGAAGAAGAAAGCUCAUGCCGCGUCGCUGGAGGACGAGAUCGCCCAUCUCAGGGCGAUCAACCAGCAGCUGAUAAAGAGGCUUCAGGGCCAAGCCGCGCUCGAAGCCGAGAUCGCGAGGAUGAAGUGCUUGCUCGUGGAUCUGAGAGGAAGAAUCGAGGGAGAGAUCGGGUCUUUCCCUUACCAGAAACCAGUGAAAGGGAGUGGUGAUUUUGUUCCUAACAUCAUCACUCGGUCAAGUAUGCCAAUUGGCGUUUGGAAUCUAAACUCAUGCAGUUUCCAAUGCGAUGACGGGAGUUACUGCCUUUAUCCAGGGACGCAGUCCAGGAAUGUGGGAGAAACUGGUGUUCGUAAUGUCGGAAACGUGCAGUGCAGGGGGAGUUCAAAUUCUGGGACUGACGACUUUGCGGACUGUGGUGGAAAUGGAACUGCAAGAACUCUUGACUGCUCAUCUAAUGCCGCACUGACACGGAUCGAAGGAGCUCACGGGACAGAGGAUCUAUGAUGUGAAUUACGGCGGUUCGAGUUUUAGUAUAUUUGAUGCAAAAGAGAGUUUGCUUGCUCCACUUUGGCAUAAAUUUACUGCUUAAAUUUCAUUGCCUUAUCAAGUGAUAAAUUCUUAAGACUCUGUUUGUCCUUCUAAAUUGACGUGGAAGACAAUAACCCACUCCUGUUGUUUGGGUCUCGCCACUCGAUAAGUGGUGUAGAAAGUUCUAAGAAUUGAUUUAUCGAUUUUGGUCGAGUA